GCAGAGGUGAGUUUCUCCGUGGUGCGGGUUCCAUCGGCCUCCAUCCUGGCCAUCCAGUUGUCGUAGUCGCCGCUCCGCCCCGCAGUCGGGGCGGAGGGGCCACUCUCCUGCUUCCCGCGCGUCUAUUUCUGAGUCGCGAGAGGGGCCGCGGGCGCUUUUUGGCGGGUAGUGGGGCGCUGAAAGAAGAUUGGCGUCCCGUUUGCGGAGGCUGAGGAGGGGAGGAUGGAAGCCCUUGUGUCGCGGCGACCCUAAUGGCGAGUUUGAGGACACUGUGCUCCUCUUGCCCGUUUUUGUUUCGAUCCUGAAUUCUUUCUUCCGGGCUCCCUCCUUGCCUAGCCUUGCAGCUCUAGUGGAAGAGUGGUAGGAGAUGAGGGAGGGAAGGCCUUGGCCCUUCGGUUUGGGGUCCUGCGUCCCUGAAAGCAUGCCUCGCCGUUCCGCGCUAGAUGUUGAUGCCCAAGAAGAACCGAAUUGCCAUUUAUGAACUCCUUUUCAAGGAGGGAGUGAUGGUGGCCAAGAAGGAUGUCCACAUGCCUAAACACCCUGAGCUGGCAGACAAGAAUGUGCCCAAUCUUCACGUCAUGAAAGCCAUGCAGUCUCUCAAAUCACGAGGCUACGUAAAGGAACAGUUUGCCUGGAGACAUUUCUAUUGGUACCUUACCAACGAGGGUAUCCAGUAUCUUCGUGAUUACCUCCACCUGCCCCCUGAGAUCGUGCCUGCCACUCUGCGUCGCAGCCGUCCUGAGACCGGCAGGCCGCGGCCCAAAGGUCUGGAAGGAGAGCGGCCUGCAAGACUCACACGAGGGGAAGCUGACAGAGACACCUACAGACGAAGCGCUGUGCCCCCUGGUGCCGACAAGAAAGCUGAAGCCGGGGCUGGGUCAGCAACUGAAUUCCAGUUUAGAGGCGGAUUUGGUCGUGGACGUGGUCAGCCACCUCAGUAAAGUUGGAGAUUGUUUUGUGUUGAAUAAAUCUGUAGCCAGAAAAAAGUUAA